CUUCGUCUCAUCAAAGAUCAUCAGAAAUGACCGAAGCCUUUUUGCUUAUUACUGGAACUUUAAUCCGAUCAGUUCAGAUUUCUUCUUUGAAAUGACACAUUGAUUUUGAUUACCUGAAUGAUUCGAUCGGUUCACUUACUCAACUAGCUAGUAUGGAAAGGAUAAUCGGAGGUAAAUACAAGCUCGGCCGCAAGAUCGGCGGAGGAUCGUUCGGCGAAAUCUAUCUCUGUACUAAUGUUGAUACGUUUGAGAUCGUUGCUGUGAAAAUCGAAAAGAGCGAGACGAAACAUCCACAACUUUUUUAUGAGGCCAAGAUAUACAACAUCUUGCAAGGAGGAAGUGGCAUUCCUUCCAUUAAAUGGUCAGGAGUAGAUGGCGAAAACAAUGUGCUUGUCAUGGAUUUGUUGGGGCCGAGUCUUGAAGAUCUAUGUGUAUACUGUGGCAGGAAGUUUUCACUGAAGACAGUCUUAAUGUUGGCCGAUCAAAUGCUCACAAGAAUAGAAUAUGUACAUUCUAAAGGUUUUCUGCACAGGGACAUUAAACCUGAUAAUUUUCUCAUGGGUCUUGGACGGAAAGCCAAUCAGGUUUAUAUUAUUGACUUUGGGCUUGCCAAAAGAUAUCGAGAUUCCUCAACGAAUCGCCACAUUCCUUAUAGGGAGAAUAAGAACUUAACAGGCACUGCUCGUUAUGCUAGUUGCAACACCCACCUUGGUAUUGAACAAAGCAGGAGGGAUGACCUAGAGGCUCUUGGUUAUGUACUUAUCUAUUUCUUGAGAGGAGGCCUUCCAUGGCAAGGGUUAAAAGCUGAUAAUAAGAAGCAAAAAUAUGACAGAAUAUGUGAGAAGAAACUAUCCACGCCUAUAGAGGCUUUGUGCAAGUCUCACCCAGUGGAAUUUGCGUCAUACUUCCAUUACUGUCAUUCAUUAACAUUUGAGCAGAGACCUGAUUAUGGUUUUCUAAGGCGUUUGUUGCGUGAGCUAUUCGGUCGUACAGGAUAUGUAUUGGACUACAUAUUUGAUUGGAGCAUCCUCAAGUAUCAGCAGCAAGGUCGGAAAAGUAAAACUCGUCAACCAUUAUAUGUAAGCAGAACAAAUCCAACUGAUGCAGAGAAGGAUCAAGCGAGUAUCAUGCUUUCCACUCAGCCUCGGCGGAAGAACUCAUGAGGCAGCCCAAUGCAACUAAUCCAGGCUUUAUCAUGCAGCCUAGAACACCAACAAUGAGGAAUCUGAAAAAUGACAAUACCUUCUUGAUAAAUACUGUGAGCAGUUCAGACUCGCCAUCUGCCUCGUGUUCUCGAGCUGCUGACAAGCAAAGAGUCUCAAAGCCGGUGUUGCCCACUGAAACUAAAGAAUCUACUCAUGGAAAUGUCGAUAAAACCAGUCCUUCUGGUGUCUGGAUGCCAUCUUUUCAUCAUAUUUCUUAUCCCAAGUAAUUAUUACAGCCAACAGGUUGCAUCCUAGGUAUUUUGAGUUCAAUCAUUGUAAUUGCCAGCAAGAACUCAGUUGGAGGUUGUCUUGUGAAUUUCAUACUCCUCCAUGUCUGUCCGAUUGACUCCAAAUAAUGCUCGUAAAAUCAAGAGAUGUCUAUUUCCACGGUGUGUAGUGUGGUGUGGUGUUAUCGCAGAUUGUUGUGCAAAGAAUCUGUGAUUUCACAUUAGUUCAGUAAUUAUUUGCGUUUGUUUGAAAAACUCUUUAAAUCUUAACCUUUUUAUAUAUUCCAAUAUCUAUUCUA